ACAUUACUUGAAACACUAAGUAACAACAACAAUAGGCUAUAGAUUGCCUAUAUUUUACUGAUAUGGCUUGCGAAGUCUCGCAAGAUGACCAGAUUGGAGAAGCACUCUUAAUUGGGGUGGUAAGAGAUGAGGUGAUGAGUGUAGCAGCUGAGAUACAUGCAGCCCCACCAGCCCUUCCCGAAGCUCGACCAAUAAGCAACAGCCAGGACCAGAAGCUUGUUGAACAGCUGGCGGAGACCAUCAAAGUGAUCGGUGAUAGACUUGAUCAGGAUAAAGCAUUCAAUGACAUGAUUGAUGGCUUAGUAAAAGUGGCUGAUAAGAGAAGUUUCUGGGAACUUGUGGAAAAGGUUUUCACAGAUGGCCAGAUCAACUGGGGGAGAAUUAUAGUGCUGUUCUAUUCAGUUGGAAAACUGUCUGCAAAGAUGGUCCUUGCACGCUUGCCCACAAUUGUUUCCGACAUUAUGACCUUAAGUCUGGAUUACUUCAGGAGGACUCUGCUGGAAUGGAUUCGCAAAAUGGGAGGAUGGAUGCACAGUAUCCCUGCGCUGGCCUGUUUCUCCUUUGAGCAAUUUUCUGGUUCUUCACUUAGUAAAUAUUCUUCCUAUUUUGGAGCCGCAUUGGCCUUCACUGGUGGCCUACUGCUAGGUGGCUUCAUCAUCUCGAAAUUUCCAAGAAAUAGCUAAGAGGAAGAAAAUGAAGAUGUUGCAACAGAAGUGUCCAUAAUGUUGAACUUGAGCAAAACCAUGUAUAUUAAAUCUGCAUUUUGUAAUUUGCCCCCCUUUUUUAUUGUAAUAUGCCUUUAUUUUAUAUGUAUUUAUACUGUUUUGUAGAAAACACUGAAUAUGGUCAUAUUGAUUUAAAGAAGGGUAGGCCUACAUGUUUAUUCAGGAUCAGGACAGAUUGUUGGAAUAAAACUGAGCCUAUAAGCUUUUUACUGAUAAUUGACACAUGUACAAUAGUGGUUUGUAUAAUCUGGCUUGUCCUCUCUUUUGUUCAUUUAAAUAUUUUGCAUCGAAUGUGAUUAAAG